CGCCUCCCGGUCCUCCACCCGCCACCAUGUCGGCCUCGGCCGUCUUCAUCUUGGACGUCAAGGGCAAGCCGCUGAUCAGCAGGAACUACAAAGGAGAUGUCCCUAUGAGUGAGAUCGAGCGCUUCAUGCCACUGCUCAUGCAGAGAGAGGAGGAGGGCGCCCUCACCCCGCUGCUCAGCCACGGCCGCGUGCACUUCCUGUGGAUCAAACACAGCAACCUCUACUUGGUGGCCACCACGCUGAAGAACGCCAAUGCCUCCUUGGUCUACUCCUUCCUCUACAAGACUGUGGAGGUCUUCUGCGAGUAUUUCAAGGAGCUGGAAGAGGAGAGCAUUCGGGACAACUUCGUGAUCGUCUACGAGCUGCUGGAUGAGCUCAUGGACUUCGGGUACCCCCAGACCACGGACAGCAAGAUCCUGCAGGAGUAUAUCACCCAGCAGAGCAACAAGCUGGAGACGGGCAAGUCCCGAGUGCCUCCCACAGUCACGAACGCCGUGUCCUGGCGCUCGGAAGGCAUCAAGUACAAGAAGAACGAGGUCUUCAUCGAUGUCAUUGAGUCUGUCAACCUGCUGGUCAAUGCCAACGGCAGCGUCCUGCUGAGCGAGAUUGUGGGGACCAUCAAGCUGAAGGUGUUUCUGUCUGGAAUGCCCGAGCUGCGGCUGGGUCUCAAUGACCGCGUGCUCUUUGAGCUCACUGGCCUUUCAGGCAGCAAGAAUAAGUCUGUGGAGCUGGAAGAUGUCAAGUUCCACCAGUGUGUCCGGCUGUCUCGCUUUGACAAUGACCGCACCAUCUCCUUCAUCCCACCCGACGGUGACUUUGAACUCAUGUCCUACCGCCUCAGCACACAGGUCAAACCUCUGAUCUGGAUUGAAUCUGUCAUUGAAAAGUUUUCUCAUAGCCGAGUGGAAAUCAUGGUCAAGGCCAAGGGGCAGUUCAAGAAGCAGUCGGUGGCCAACGGCGUGGAGAUCGCGGUGCCCGUGCCCAGCGACGCCGACUCCCCGCGCUUCAAGACCAGCGUGGGCAGCGCCAAGUACGUGCCCGAGAAGAACGUGGUCAUCUGGAGCAUCAAGUCCUUCCCGGGCGGCAAGGAGUACCUGAUGCGGGCCCACUUUGGUCUCCCCAGUGUGGAAAAGGAGGAGGUGGAGGGCCGGCCCCCCAUCGGGGUCAAGUUUGAGAUUCCCUACUUCACCGUCUCUGGCAUCCAGGUCCGCUACAUGAAAAUCAUCGAGAAAAGUGGCUACCAGGCCCUGCCUUGGGUCCGCUACAUCACCCAGAGCGGUGAUUAUCAACUUCGAACAAGCUAGAAGGAGAGGAAGGGGCGACUCUCAGGCCUUUCUCUCUCAGAGCCUGGCUGCAGAUUUCGGAGGGGGUAGGGAGAGUUGGGGA